AGGAGGAGGUCCUGCGAGGCUUCAAGGCCUCGCUGCACCAUAUGCGAGUCAUUUGCGCCAAGGAGGUUCCAAGCGCAGGCUUGAGGCCAGAUCUGCUCGAUGCCAGCAGCAGCCAACACAAGGUUCAUAUGGUCUAUGCUUCAGCGAUACCCGUAAAGGCCUACCUGAACGCGGGGAACUUGGACGUGCCCUUCCAGGAAGAGGUUGGACGACUGGUGAUCAUUUCUCAGUACCUGGGUGCUUUACGCCUGGCUGCCAUGGGACACACGUCGCGUCAAAGGAUCUUCCUGAUGCCUCUGGGAGGUGGCGUAUUCAACAACCGUCCAGAGGUCAUCGUUGGUGCCCUGGGAACGGCCUUAGACUUGCUGGCGCAACAGGUGGAUCUGGCCAGGUUGGAUGUUCGAUUGCUGGCCUUCCGCGGUAGUGCUGGAGAGCAGGAGCGGCUGACGAAGAUUCUGAGACUGUUGUCGCCAGCUCCAGCUGCCGCAGCCCCAGCUGCUGCAGCCUCCACAUCUGCAGCCCCUGCAGUUCGUGUGGCCGCUUCGGUUCCUGCAGCCCCUGUGGCCCCUUCGGCCCCUGCGGCCCCUGCAGCUCCUUCGGCCCCUGCAACCUCUGCAGCCCCUGCGGCCCCUGUGGCCCCUGCCUCCUCCUCCACACCCCUGGCCCGCGCCUUUGCUGCGGGUGCCGCGGCAGCGGCGACAGCUGCAGCACGUGGAGAGGCGCCAGCCGAAGCGACGGCCUCGGCGGAGUCCAGCCGACCCGGGUGGAAACUGGAAGCGCGCUCUGUGUCGUUGCUGGAUGCGCUGCUGGAUGACGACUGAGGGCCAAAA